GUCUAGUCCAAUCCUUUCAACUAUUCGCACGCAGGCUCAAAACAGCCUCAAUGUCCUCUCCGGCGACUACUAGACGACGCGGACAGCCGAAAGGCAUCUCAUCGCCCCCCUUGGAGAAGAUGGAUUCUCCUGCUCGGGGUUACGAUGACGAGAAGACGGCCGAUCAAGCCGCCAAAGGUUCGGUCAUGAAUGGACAUGCUUCUAGCGAAAAGUCCCUGCAGACUGCUGGCCGCAUAGUCGCUGGUCUCUUUUCCCAAUGGAUCACCGUUGGUGUAAUGCUUGGCCUGAUUUUUGGCGGCUGCUGCUCCAAUGUGUAUGCCUUGGAAGCUAUCAUCAAGAUCGAACCUGCAAGUGGAACCCUCCUGACGUUUGUCCAAUUCCUCUUUGUCGCUGUCACCGGAUACUUUUCCCAAUUCGAUCGAUCGAGACCACCGUUCUUCUUGCAGCAGAACAAGGUCCCUCUACGCCGCUGGAUCAUCAAUAUUGUGCUGUUUUUCAGCAUCAAUGUGUUGAACAAUCAUGCCUUCAGCUAUGACAUCUCUGUUCCUGUGCAUAUCAUUCUUCGGUCUGGUGGAAGCAUUACAACCAUGGUUGCCGGGUCUCUUUAUGGAAAAAAGUACUCUCGCAUACAGAUCGUGGCUGUCGUUCUCCUGACAUUCGGUGUCAUCACCGCAGCGUGGUCGGACUCGCAGUCAAAGAACUCUUCUAAGGCAAUCGAGGGCAGUGCCAAGCCCGCUUUUGGGACCGGCCUCGUUGUGCUGUUCGUGGCACAGGUCCUCUCCGCCAUCAUGGGUCUCUACACGGAAGAGACGUACAAACAAUAUGGCCCCCAUUGGCGAGAGAAUCUCUUCUACUCGCACCUUUUAUCACUGCCGCUCUUCUUGCCGUUUGCGCCAUCACUGAUCCGCCAAUUUCGAAAACUAGCAAACAGUCCGCCUCUAUCGCUACCCAUGGCGCAACUUCCCGGCCUUGGACUUAAAGGAGACGUUGGAGAUGGUCUCUUCAAACAUCAAAUUCCGAGCCAACUUGCCUAUCUGGUGACAAACGUCGUGACCCAGUACGCAUGUAUCCGGGGUGUAAACUUGCUCGCUGCCGUGUCCUCAGCAUUGACUGUCACCAUUGUCUUGAACAUUCGCAAGCUGGUCAGUCUACUUUUGAGCAUAUGGCUUUUCGGGAAUCGCUUGGCUGUGGGGACUCUGGUCGGGGCAAUCAUCGUGUUUGGAGCUGGAGGCCUAUACUCAUUGGAUUCAAGAGCCAAGACCUCCAGGGUACAAAAGAAUGUGGGUGCGAAAUAGAGCUAGAAAGUUUAGACAGUCACUGGACGGACUUGCAUACACGAUUCAGAGAUACAAGUAGAAAGCCCUUUCAAGAGACUUUCGGACAUCC